CGACCCCACCUUCGCCUUUCUCCUUGCAAGUCUCAUUAUGGCGGCCGCGGCGGCAGCUGAGCCUUUAAGUCACGUGUCUGAGUUCGAUGAGUCGAUGCAGUGGAUGGACACCAUCUGGCGGAGAAGCGGCAAGCGGCUGCACUUCUACGAACCCGCACUGCGGUCCUCCUUCUGGCUCACAAGGAUUGUAAGCUCACGCAUUCAUUCAGUGCAGGCAGACCCACCACAGUCAAAUGGGGACGCCUGUGCGUGCAGAUAUUCCUCCGUGCUCUCGGCUUCAUAUACCUCGUCGCCUUUAUGGUUGCAGCCUUUCAAAACGUGGGGCUGAUCGGUCGCCGCGGCCUCACGCCCUUUCACUACCAAGUCGACCGCCUAUAUCAACAAUGGGAGGGCGAGAACGCAUCCUUCUGGGAGCGAUACUCACAGCUGCCCAGCCUGUUUGUGUUCUUGCCGGCAUCCGACUUCUGGCUGCAAGCCAUGGCGUGGCUGGGGAUCGUCUUGAGUGUCCUGGUGCUGGUUAUGGGUGCCGGUGCAGGGCUGAUUCUGCUGGUGCUGUGGAUCCUCUAUGCGUCCAUCAGACACGUCGGGCAGCUUUGGUAUGGCUUUGGAUGGGAGUCUCAACUUUUGGAGACGGGCUUCCUCGCAAGUGAGAAUCCGAACAUGGCCUUACAAAGGACGGGAUAUGUGGUGCCUUCCUGUGUAAUUUGCAUGCAGUAUUUCUCACCCCCUUUUGGACAUUCAAGGAGCUCCCAAGCAGCUGGCCCCCACCGAUGGUGUGCGUGUGGGGCUACCGCUGGCUCAUUUUCCGCAUCAUGAUCGGAGCCGGGCUGAUCAAACUCAGGGGAGAUGAGGUGAAUUAAUCCAUGUACGUGAUGAGGGAAUUGUCCCAUACAUGGGUGUCCAUGUGUGCGUGUGUGUAGUGCUGGCGAGAUCUCACUUGCAUGGGUGGGCGACGAGAGCGAGGAAGAAAUGGAUGGAGAGACACUAGCCGCCGAUGUCCGUGUGUGAAUGAUCUCUCUCUCUCUCUCCCUCUCUCUCUGCAUCAGAGUAUCACUAUGAGACCCAGCCCAACCCCAAUCCACUGUCGUGGUACUUCCACAAUAACUGGCGACCCUUUCAUUGGUUUGAGACCCUCGUCAACCACAUCAUUGAAUGCGCACUGUCCUGGAACACCCUCAUACCGCUCCGGGGCUGCAGGCUUAUUGCAGGCGGCUCACAGGUCAGCGAGGCAACUGGGGAAGAAAGAAGACCGGUGAUGUCUCAGUGCUUUGCAUGGGUGUGUACGUGCAGGUAAUUUUUCAAGUGGUUCUCAUCUUGUCAGGGAACCUGUCCUUCUUGAACUGGCUGUAGGACCAAAGACAGAUAUACAUACUUACUUUCUUACUCCCCUUUCCUCGCUUGUAGGACGAUCCUCCCAUCGAUCUUCUGCUUCGAUGACGCCGUCUUCGCGUCAGUGACACGCAAAUACACACAUGCAUACAGGGCGCGUGAUCAAUCGAGUCUCCCUUUGCAGGUGCAUCUUCCCCCCCUGGUACCGCAACCGCGUCAAGCGCCUCAUCGGGAGCAAGGAGGAGACAGAACCGCUCACGUACGACAUCGCAUAUCUUCCGAUGUACGACCGCAUCUUUCGCUUCAUCUGCAAAGCCAUACACACCCGAGUUGCCUCACCAGCACGCCCAGGACCCAUGGAGCCGUCAGCACCCUCCCCUGUCCAGCCACCGCCGGACAUUGAGCAGUCGGGAAGUGAAGACACCCACCCCCUGCUUGUCGAUGACGACCGUGAGGGCGUCCGAAGGCAGGUGGCCCCCGGGCAGCAGGGGGCAUACGUCCAGGGAGAAGGCAGGGCGGCCGAGUACCAAACAGGGGAGGAAGGCGGCAUGAGGGAAUGCCUCCGUCGGUCCAGCGCUUCUCAGCUGGCUCGUCUGGAGGCGAAGGAGCGGAGGAUCAGAGCCAAGGGUGCGGAGGAGUCGGAGAGCGACCCGCAGGAUGAGAUGUUGCGUGGGCGGGGUCGGCUGAGUUGGGCCGGGGUGUGGCUGAGUCGUGUGUGGCUGGUGCUGGUGCAGCUGGCCCUUCUGUACAUGAUUGUGCGGCUUUCCAUUCCGGUUGUCAAGAAUCUCAUUUCUCUUCACCAGGUAGGUACUUGAGACAACCAGAAAAGCCAUGGAUGAUGGGCCAGACCACGCCGUUGCCGUGCGUACGUACCUGUUUGUCCGGUCCGCAGGCUAUGAACACGAGUUUUGACAGCUUUGAGCUGCUCAACACAUACGGUACGGUAGAUGGAUGUCUGACAGACAUGCAAUCAUAUUAUUAUGCAUGGAAUGGAGAAGGGCUCUCUCUUGUUGUUUGCUGCUCAGGCGCAUUUGGGAGCGUGACCAAGGUCAGAAAGGAGGUCAUCAUCAUGGGCACAAACGACGAACAUCCCGUAAGCAGACCCUCCCUCCCCCGCCUGGCCCAACCAACGCAACGCGUGUUGCCACGUGUGCAGACGGCAUCGAGCAACUGGCAAGAGUAUGAGUUUAUCUGCAAACCAGGCAGGGUGGACAGGCGGCCCUGCACCAUCUCCCCCUACCACUACAGGCUCGACUGGCUCAUGGUACCCACAGGCACACAAUCUCACCCCAUUGUGGCAAGAAUGAUGUGUCUCCGUCUUAUGUAGUGGUUUGCGGGUUUUGGUGCCAAGGAGGGCGGGUGGCUGCCCCACGUAGCAUACAAGCUGCUGCGAGGCGAUCAGAAUGCUCUCUACCUCAUGGCCCACAAUCCUUUCAGAGAUGCACCCCCCAGACACAUACGAGCGGCACACUUCGUGUACAGGUUCACCAACAGGGCAGAAGUGGGAUUCUUCGGGCCGCUAUUCGGCCAGGGUGAGUCCAUCAGAUAGGUGACAACGAUGAAUUGCAAGCGCUUCGUGCGCUUUGGCAUGCCAUGGAUGUCUCGCUCUGUCUCUCUGCGUGCGGUGCAUGCAGGUCCGUGGUGGAAGAGGGAGUUUGAGGCGGAGUAUCCGUUGCUUGGCGGGGAGUCCAUCGUAUCACUCGACAGCCCAGCCUUGAAGGAAUACGCACGCAAGCACAAAUGGGACACAUGACAUGAGGCAAGAGAGAGACCGACCCGACAGCUAAGUUCGUGAUUCAGCAUGGGAGUCAGCACACGAGCCGCCCCAUCAUCUAGAUAUCUAGCGGUCCUGAUGCGAUGCCAUGGAUGAUGACGGUGAGUGGCCAAGUCGAGUUCAUUCCACAGACAACCAACAUACAUACAUGGAUGC